ACAAAAUUGUUAUUCAAUGUAUUUCUGAUUUCAGUCAGUUUGACAAAGUCAAGUUGGGCAAGAAGUUAUGCAUGAACAUGAUAAGAAAUCAUUUAUAUUAAUUUUAGAACCAAUUUCUCUUCAAUGCGUUUAAUAAAAUAAUUUAAAAUCUUCAAAAAUUUUUUUAUUAAUUAGAAAUUGUAGUCGAUCUACCUCUUGACUUUUAAAGUAUAUAUACAUAUCUAUUAGGAACCUCAGUAAAGUACUUGGUUAUUGGUCUGAGUUCUAAGAAAAUAAAAGCAAAGACAGUACAUGCCAAUUGUUUCAAGUGACACCCGUUGAUUGAUAUCCCUAUCUACAAGUAACAUAAAAUUUUAUGUGUAACAAUUUAUACAAAAUUUCAAGUUUUAUAAAGAAUGGACACCUACAAUAACUUUUCGGAAGACUCCCUUCAUCUUCUCUCUUUUAGUGAAAUCAAGCAUGCAGCAGAAAGGAUAGAAGGUGGCAUAAUACACACACCACUUUGUGAAGCAAAACUUAGUAAACACAUGGACUACAAUAUCUAUUUGAAAUGUGAAAAUCUGCAAUACACUGGAAGUUGCGCAGAGCGUGGUAUACGCAACGCGUUUAUAGCGGCCGGCGAACUCGCCAAGAUGGGCGUAGUGGUGCCAUCCAAUGGCAACCUGGCGUAUGCUGCUGCGUACCACGGCGGGAUAUUGGGUAUUCCGGUGACAGUGGUGUUACCGGAACGGACACCGCCAGCUCAGGCGCAGCGUUACUCGGAGCUCGGCGCCGACGUCAUGUUGUGCGGAGAGAACAUCGACGAUUCUAUUUCCUAUGCCAAGAAGAUUGUGCACGACAGCAAACAACUUUUAAUACUUCCUGACGAUCCACUGAUAAUGGCCGGACUCGGCACAGUGGGCUUGGAGAUCAUCACGCAGCUCCCGGAAACCGACGCAGUCAUCGUCCCGGCUGCGUCGGGCGCGUUACUAGCCGCGGUUCUCGUCGCCUGCAAGAAACUUAAGUGUUCCUGUUUGGUUUACGGGGCAGAAUGCUCUAAGGUGCCGAAGGUGAUGAAAGCAUUGCAAGCGGGGCGGCCUGUGGCGGUGCCCAUCCUACCCAACUUGGCGGACGGCCUCAACUUCUCCACAAUCGGUUCUAAUGCCUUUGCUACUAUCAGGGGGCGCUUAGAUAGAAUGUUGGUGGUGGACGAGUCGUACAUAGCUCGUGCUAUGAUCAACGUACUAGAGCGCGAGCGAUUGGUUGCUGACGGUGCGGGAGUGUGCUCCAUUGCGGCCGUCAUGCAGGGACUCGUACCAGAGUUAAGAGGAAAACGUGUCGUAUGCCUAAUAAGCGGUGGUAACAUAGACUCUGGCCGGUUGUCGAGGACCAUCCAACGCGGCUUGGGCGCCAGCGGUCGGCUGCUGCGUUUCGCUGUCGCCGUGCCGGACCAUCGCAACGGGCUGGAGAACCUGGCUAAGGUCAUCGCUGAACAAAACGCGGUGCUCAAGAGUUUGGUCACUGAGCAGAUGUGGGUGCAUACCGACGUCGGUACCACUUGGGCUAAUGUUGUGGUAGAGAUGUCUAGCGAUGACCACAUUGCUAACUUCAAAGACAGCAUACGGACUACAUAUCCUUCUGUGAGGUUUACUGUUAAUGAUCUUGAAGACAGGCACAAAGUCAAUGUCCGAUAAGCUCAUUUAUGAAUAAUGCAAAGAUGUGAGAACUAUGGUAGUUUAUUGUUUUGAUUGUUAACUGAUUUGUUAUUAUUAUGUUUAACUGCGGUUAUUUAUGCAAAAAAUUGUGUUGUAACAAUUGAAUAAAUAAAAGUCACUAGCUUGAGAUUU